CUGGUUUAUUUCCUAACCCCAACUGAUUAACAACAAAUUAAUUCCGCUCCAGUCCGCUGCUCUAUUCUGCGUCAGGUUUUGGCAUUGACUUGCGUUUCAAUAGCUGUGGGUGACAGACUUACAACAGCGCUGAGAUAGCAGACGCGCGAUCUUUCUCUUUCAGACCAAUCGCUGCAGGGUACACGCCGGGGAUUGCUGGAAAUAUUACAUUUCUACCGGACAAUAAGAGUUUCCUUUAACGGAUUCCAGAGGCUGGACUCAAAUCGGAGGCAGAGACACGCGCACCAAACAAACGAACGUGCCUUUUUGUCCACGCGCUCAUGAGCGUGUUUAUUCUACUGGCGCAGCACUGAAUAACUAUUGUAGCGGUAGGUGAUCGAUAAGGCAAGUGUUUCCAGCCCAGACAGACACGUUUUCAUAAGGCACAGCUGCUUGCGCUGCCGUGGACUGUUUUUGCCAUCAUUUGUUAGACAAAAGGCAGUUUAUUCCCGCUUAUUGCAAACGACUUCUUGGAUACUGGAUGGCUGUCCGAAGGGGAAUACAACGGCUGCAGGACCAAGCCGGGAAUGCCAUUUGUUCACAAGCAGCAUAAACGAGCUUUGUUGCGCGGUGUUUUUACCAGGGGACAGGUGUCGUUGUGUACGUUUGGGCGGGGGGUUAGUUGUUAGUUGUUGGGGGUUUGGACACAGUUGUCUUAAGGAUGUCAGAUCAGGGAUCAGAUCUGCACAGAGACAGGUGCGACAGAGAGGAGUAGAUUUCACGCGGACCCCUCCUCUCUUCUCCUCUCAGUCAUUCUGGAAUAUAGUCCCGAGGAGGCGAGUCAUUCACAGAGAACCGGACUCACCGUUUCCCAUUGGCUGUUAUCGUGCCAGAGCUCCUCUACCAUGACGACUGUGGCCAGAUCUUUCAUCGGGAUCUUCUGGCUCCUGCGUGUGGUGUGUGCGGUCUUCCCUGAGGAACCGGGACCUCUGAACUUUAUCCCCACUGAAGUGGUGAGAAGGUAUCCUGUGUUUCUCGGACGACCCCAUCACUCAUCACUCAGACAGGAGCCCUUACACAUUCAGAGGAUCCUGCCGGUCAAUCGUACCCUUUACAUCGGAGCCAGAGAUGACCUUUUCCGAGUGGAGCUGGACAACAUGGUGGGAGAAGAGAUGUUUUACAGCAAGAAAAGGACAUGGGAAUCCAACAAAAAUGACAUCAAAAUUUGCAGAAUGAAAGGAAAACAUGAGGACGAGUGCCGUAACUACAUGAAGGUUCUGCUCAGCCGGCAGAGCGGAUUGUUUAUCUGCGGAACCAACGCCUUCAAUCCAUUAUGUGCCAAUUAUACAGGAGACACUCUUGAGAUGGUUGGGGAAACUGUCAGUGGGAUGGCUAGAUGCCCAUAUGACCCAAAACAUGCCAACGUGGCUCUAUUUGCUGAGGGGAAUCUUUACACUGCCACAGUGACUGAUUUUCUGGCCAUCGAUGCUGUGAUCUACAGGAGUCUGGGCGACAAUCCUGCUCUGCGAACGGUCAAACACGACUCCAAAUGGUUUCGAGAGCCAUACUUUGUGAGUGCUGUGGAAUGGGGGCCACAUGUCUACUUCUUUUUCAGAGAGAUGGCCAUGGAGUUCAACUACCUGGAGAAGGUGGUUGUCUCUCGUGUGGCACGUGUGUGCAAAGCCGAUCAAGGCGGUUCACAGCGUGUGCUGGAAAAGCAGUGGACGUCCUUCCUGAAAGCUCGGCUGAACUGCUCAAUCCCAGGAGACUCGCACUUUUACUUCAACCUCCUGCAUUCCACCAGUCCCAUCAUCCGCAUGCACGGCAGGGAUAUCAUCCUCGCCGUCUUCUCCACACCCUCCAACAGUAUUCCUGGCUCUGCAGUGUGUGCUUUCGACAUGGAGCUGCUGGCCGGAGUGUUUGAUGGAAGAUUUAAAGAGCAGAAAUCGCCUGAGUCGAUAUGGACACCUGUUUCAGAUGAAGUUGUGCCCAAACCGAGGCCGGGUGGUUGUGCCGUACAAGGCUCCAAGUACAAUUCCUCCAAUUCUUUCCCUGAUGACAUGUUAACUUUUGUCAAGACCCAUCCGCUGGUGGAUGAAGCCGUCCCAUCACUUGGUCACAGACCAUGGAUUGUUAGGACCAUGGUCAGAUACCAGCUCAACAAAAUGGUGGUAGACACAAAUGCUGGUCCUUAUGGGAACCAGACAGUCCUCUUUCUGGGUUCCAGCCGAGGGACCAUCCUUAAAUUCCUCGUCACCCCCAACAGGGAUAACACAGUGACCAACAACAACGUGUUCCUCGAGGAACUGGAAGGCUACAACCCAGACAGGUGUGGGACGGACACUCCUCAGGCCAGGCAGCUGCUCUCUCUCACGCUGGACCGCAUCAGUCACAGCCUCCUACUGGCUUUUCCUUCUUGCGUGAUCAAAGUGCCUGUUGCACGCUGCCAACUUUAUUCCCGCUGCAUGAAGAACUGCAUCGCCUCACGGGAUCCCUACUGCGGCUGGACCAGAGGAAGCACCUGCUCUUUCCUCCGUGCGGGUACAAGGCUUCCCUUUGAGCAAGACGUUGAGCACGGAAACACUUCUUACUUGGGCGACUGUGACGGUCUUCUGCAGGAGAGUUUCAUCGAGGAACCAGAUGGCUUGGUGUCCGUGAACUUGCUGGUGGUGUCAGCGGUUUCAGCGUUUGCCACCGGGGCAGCAUUGUCGGGUCUGAUGGUGUGUUGGAUAAUGAGCCUCAAGCACCGCCAGCGCUCCAGAGCCAGUGAAUCUGGCAUGGGGAGUCGUCGUAAGAGUGACAAGGAGCAGAGCAUGCUGGGACACGGUCGCAGCGGUUCCGUAAUCAGCGUGACGCGUAUCAGUGGCAGCGAACGACCCCGCUCGCAGGUUGAAAAUAUGUUCACCAACGGCUGGCCAAAAUCUGAAGACAUCGAUCCAGGACUUCCUACUCCAGAACAGACGCCUCUGCAGCAGAAACGUCCCACUCCUAAUGUCCAUCUCACAGACUGCGACUGGGACCAGAGCCAUACUUUCCUCACCCAGACAGGGACACCCUGCCCGGCGAACUCAGCGGUCAUUUACUUGAGCUCCAAAUACCUGCAAGGUGGGCGGCAAGAGGGAUCGGGUGAUGUUCCUCCUCAUUCAGAGCGUCAGCGGUACCUCAUCCUCUCCCAUCCACCAAAUCAGAGGGAGCAGAGUGGGCGACCGACCGGCCCACCUACUCGCAACUCUGCUGGUGAAUACAACUAUCCAACAACGCCUCAGGACUCACCUGACCGCAGGAGGGUUGUUUCAGCUCCUACAACCCAGUCGGACUAUGGAGAACAUCUGCGAUGGUCCCGCGACGGACUCAACUUCAAUAGCAACAACGCGACUCCUUCUGGCCACCACCCGUAUCCCAUACAGCCACGCACUAAUGCUGCGUUAAUACGGCCAGGUCACCACACUCAGCGAGGGCUCAAUGAGAUACAGGACUACAGCCACCUGCUGGUGAAAAGUGUUAGUGAGUGUAACCCAAAUGGCCAAUGAGUGGUCCAGGCCUGUUCACACCCUUCAGAGUCCCAUCACCCCCAAGACUCAGACUCCUUCUGUAAUCCUGCCCUUCCUGUCCACUCUCACUGCCAUCCAGUGUCUUUCAAGUCCCCUACCAGUGGCUGAGCUCUAGGACUACCGAGUAUGAGCGAACGAGAGCGUUAAUGGUUGAUGGUGUUAACGCCGCUGUCUUCCCCUGCCUGUGGGGUGAUGCCACUUAGCACGUUAGCGGCUUCUAUCACGCUCACUGUUUAAUAAAGCGGAAGGAUCACUUAGUAAUAACAGAUGCGUUGGGUGAUGGGAGAUGAAAUACAUAAUCAUAAUCCUGCGAAUGGCUAUGUUGGCCGUUUAGCAUAGUGAAGUGGUUCCGGAUUGUCUCUCUGUGUAAUCUCAAACCCUGUAAACCAUUCAGUGGAAGUGAUCCGUUUCGUUUUCACCUCUCUUGCUUUACAUUUUCCGCCUGCAGAUGCUUCUUUUGUGCAUCCUGGGGCCUUUGCAGACAAGCUCAAACUUUCUUGUGUCUGUUUGUAUGUGUAUGAGAGCCACGCCAAAACGGGGAUUAAAAUGUUCUUGCCGGCUAGACUUGAUAUGAAAGCAAAAUGGCCGACCAACACUGGUGUUUCUUGAGUGAUCUGAUGUCAAAUGACUGACUACCCCUCCCUCUCUUAACCUAUUAUGUGUCAGGAAGCAAUCAAGACAACUGCCAUUUGAUUUUAAAGACUUGUGUGCUGGAAUAUCAGAUGUAAAUGGGUCAUGGAAAAGAGCGUUUGCCAAAAAUCAUGGAGGAAUCAACCAAUGCUUUUUGGAAGGAGCAUGGAAGCACUGUGGAAAUUACUUUAUAUUGCGUACAGGGACAUAUGUUGUUGGGUGGACCCAUUUAUUUUGUGGUGUAUCUUAAAAACCAAGACAUUUAGUGCAUUUCUACAUCCCCUACAGAUUCUAGAAUUAGAGCUGGGCAUUUGCAACACUUUCUUUUUCUUUCACUCGGUCUGGCUUCGUUCUCUCUGCAGUCCAUUGACUCGAAUGUGAGCUCAGUUGUCUGGGCCGAGUCAGGCCGCUAGGGAGCUGCAUUCAGAGUGUCUCAAUGACACUGGGUGUCUUUGUGUGGCCCAGCCAGAGAAGACCAUCCCAACAACAAAUAACCGUUAAGAGUCAUGGCCUAGCUAUCAGCCCAGCCCAGGAGAAUGUCAAUGAGGAGCCAGACAGAUCGGACCCCUCUGGCUCCCCCCUCAUUGCCAGCCUUCACAAACCUCACAGAAUCAGAUGAAUACAAUGUUACAUUUAGAUGGAGAGCAAAACAAAUCAGACCAACUGGGCUCCCGAUGGCACUGUGCCCGCUUCAGCCAUUGUUCAGGUUCCUCUGGCUCUCUUUAGAUUGCUGUUUACUUGUUUCAGGUUUGUAAACCCCACGGGAGGUAGAAAAGAAAUAGUGUACUAUUCAAUUCAUUCACCUCUCAGUGAACGACGUUAUCUUUGUUUUCUUCCCGUGAGGCAACGGUAAUUUAGUGAGUGCGAGUGUGUCCACUAGAGGGCGGUAUUGCACAUUGAGUUUUUUUUUUUUUACUUUUGCUCAAUGGACCCUUUUCACAGUGUGAGAUGACACAUUUCUGCAGUCAUCAUGUUGAAAAAUGUUUUGAUUUGAACUUUUAUUUAAGUUUUUUAAAGAAAUGAAUACUUUUAUGAUUUUGGUAGGAUCAUAAGACAUUGGAGACUGGAGUAAUGGCUGCUAAAAACAUUUUAUUGCCAUCACAUAAUAAAAUAUUAUUUAAUAACUGUUAUUAACUGUUAUUUAAAAUUUUUGUAUCAAAUAAAUGCAGCCUUGGUCAGCAUAAGAGACUUUUUCAAAAAAUGUAAAAAUCUUUCUGACCCCAAAAUUCUAAAUAUUAGUGUAUAACACUAUACUUUGUUAUAUUUCCCUAGCAUUAAAUUACAAAAGAAAUAGUAAACACUGCUGCAGUGGGGUUUCAAAUACAUCUUCUGAGGGAAAGAUGGCAAAUCUGACAUCAUUCCCUCGUCUAACUGCCAUAAUCAAUUUAUUUUACUUUUUCUUCUUUUAGAAAGUCAUGGAAAUACAAUAUUGAUUUUUUUUUCUUGUUUAAACUUUCUUGUUUAAUGUUAAAAUAACAUUUGCUAUGCUCUCACAUUUAUUUCUGUAGAAGUCUACCCUGCUAUUGUUUAUAUUCCAAACCCAAAAAUGUGAAAAUGGUCCAUGAGAAGGUUUGACAUCAAAUGUUUGGUGGUCCUAUAAUGAACAAUUCUUCAACACUAAGUAUAUGUUGGUUUAAAAACAGGCUGUGUUCCAAAUGAAAAAUCUGUUGUAGUGAUAUAGAGACAGAGAAGAGUGUGUUCUUUUGAAUAUGUGUUCUUUUUGUGGAUGGAUGAAAGCUCUGAAGCUGAACAUUAAAGCAAUUAAUGAAGUGUAUAAUUUAUAGGUUUUAAGUGCCAAUGUAUGACUGAGUUCAGAACUCUGUGUGUAAUUAUUUUUACACAAUCAACAUUAUUGACGCAGCUUUUUAAUUGUCA